GCAUCACUACCACUAAGCAAUUUGCAUUCGGUGGACCAACCCCUAAAUUCCUCCUGGCUUCUAUUGCCCUCUGGGCUUGCAUUACAGUACACUUCUAGCCAGUGUUCCUGCUUGGCUCUCUGGUUUCACCAGGAACUCUACGCAAAGGAGGAAGCAGUAAGGAAAAGGAGAACAUCUGCUUUGUUUGCAGGGAAGUGGGUGAGCUACAAGCAAACCUUUAGGCUACUGAGGAAUUGCAGUUUCUAAAUUUCACAUGGUUGCUGACAGGGAGAGGCAGACCAGAACCUCUUGGCUUCUUCACUAUGGAUACUCUGUUGCCUCAGUCUAGAUUUGCUUAUUUCAAAAAAUAUCCUUUCCAUGCAAUUAGGAAGUACUUAACACUGAGAAACCAAAGAACCGAAGAACAGGUUGCACGUUUUCAAAAAAUACCUAAUGGUGAAAAUGAGACAAUGAUUCCUGUAUUGACAUCAAAAAAAGCAAGUGAAUUACCAGUCAGUGAAGUUACAAGCAUUCUCCAAGCUGAUCUUCAGAAUGGCCUAAACAAAUGUGAAGUUAGUCAUAGGCGAGCCUUCCAUGGCUGGAAUGAAUUUGAUAUCAGUGAAGAUGAGCCACUAUGGAAGAAGUAUAUUUCUCAGUUUAAAAAUCCCCUUAUUAUGCUGCUUCUGGCUUCUGCAGUCAUCAGUGUUUUAAUGCAUCAGUUUGAUGAUGCUGUCAGUAUCACUGUGGCAAUACUUAUCGUCGUUACAGUUGCCUUUGUGCAGGAAUAUCGUUCAGAAAAAUCUCUUGAAGAAUUGAGUAAACUUGUGCCACCAGAAUGCCAUUGUGUGCGAGAAGGAAAAUUGGAGCAUACACUUGCACGAGACUUGGUUCCAGGUGAUACAGUUUGUCUUUCUGUUGGAGAUAGAGUUCCUGCUGACUUACGCUUGUUUGAGGCUGUGGAUCUUUCCAUUGAUGAGUCCAGCUUGACAGGAGAGACAACUCCUUGUUCUAAGGUGACAGCUCCUCAGCCAGCUGCUACUAAUGGAGAUCUUGCAUCAAGAAGUAACAUUGCCUUCAUGGGAACACUGGUCAUAUGUGGCAAAGCAAAGGGUAUUGUCAUUGGAACAGGAGAAAAUUCUGAAUUUGGGGAAGUUUUUAAAAUGAUGCAAGCAGAAGAAGCACCAAAAACCCCUCUACAGAAGAGCAUGGACCUCUUAGGAAAACAACUUUCCUUUUACUCCUUUGGUAUAAUAGGUAUCAUCAUGUUGGUUGGUUGGUUACUAGGAAAAGAUAUCCUGGAAAUGUUUACUAUUAGUGUAAGUUUGGCUGUAGCAGCAAUUCCUGAAGGACUUCCCAUUGUAGUCACAGUGACUCUGGCUCUUGGUGUUAUGAGAAUGGUGAAGAAAAGGGCCAUUGUGAAAAAAUUGCCAAUUGUUGAAACUCUGGGUUGCUGUAACGUGAUUUGUUCAGAUAAAACUGGAACACUGACGAAGAAUGAAAUGACUGUUACUCACAUAGUUACUUCAGAUGGUCUACACGCUGAGGUUACUGGAGUAGGUUAUAAUCAGUUUGGGGAAGUGAUCGUUGAUGGUGAUGUUGUUCAUGGAUUCUAUAACCCAGCUGUUAGCAGAAUUGUGGAGGCAGGCUGUGUGUGUAAUGAUGCUGUAAUUAGAAACAACACUCUAAUGGGGAAGCCAACAGAAGGAGCCUUAAUUGCUCUUGCAAUGAAGAUGGGUCUUGAUGGACUUCAAGAGGACUAUAUCAGAAAAGCUGAAUAUCCUUUUAGCUCUGAGCAAAAGUGGAUGGCUGUUAAGUGUGUACACCGAACACAGCAGGACAGACCAGAGAUUUGUUUUAUGAAGGGUGCUUAUGAGCAGGUGAUUAAGUACUGCACUACAUACAACAGCAAAGGGCAGACCUUGACCCUCACCCAGCAGCAGAGAGAUCUGUAUCAACAGGAGAAGGCCCGGUUGGGCACAGCAGGACUCAGAGUUCUUGCUUUGGCUUCUGGUCCUGAACUGGGACAGCUGACAUUUCUUGGCCUGGUGGGAAUCAUUGAUCCUCCUAGAACUGGUGUAAAAGAAGCUGUUACAACACUCAUUGCCUCGGGAGUAUCAAUAAAAAUGAUUACUGGAGACUCACAGGAGACUGCAGUUGCAAUCGCCAGUCGUCUGGGAUUAUAUUCCAAAACUUCCCAGUCUGUCUCAGGAGAAGAAAUUGAUGCAAUGGAUGUCCAGCAGCUUUCACAAAUAGUGCCAAAGGUUGCAGUAUUUUACAGAGCCAGUCCAAGACACAAGAUGAAAAUUAUUAAGUCUUUACAGAAGAACGGGUCAGUUGUAGCCAUGACAGGAGAUGGUGUAAAUGAUGCAGUUGCACUGAAAGCUGCUGACAUUGGAAUUGCAAUGGGCCAGAGUGGCACAGAUGUUUGCAAAGAGGCAGCAGACAUGAUCCUGGUGGAUGAUGAUUUCCAAACCAUAAUGUCAGCAAUUGAAGAGGGUAAAGGGAUUUAUAACAACAUUAAAAACUUUGUUAGAUUCCAACUAAGCACGAGUAUAGCAGCAUUAACUUUAAUCUCACUGGCUACAUUAAUGAACUUUCCUAAUCCUCUCAAUGCCAUGCAGAUUUUGUGGAUCAAUAUUAUCAUGGAUGGACCUCCAGCUCAGAGCCUUGGAGUAGAGCCAGUGGAUAAAGAUGUCAUUCGUAAACCUCCACGCAACUGGAAGGACAGCAUUUUGACCAAAAACUUGAUACUUAAAAUACUUGUUUCAUCAAUAAUCAUUGUGUGCGGGACUUUGUUUGUCUUCUGGCGGGAGCUACGAGACAAUGUGAUAACACCUCGAGACACAACGAUGACCUUCACCUGCUUUGUGUUUUUUGACAUGUUCAAUGCAUUAAGUUCCAGAUCCCAGACCAAGUCUGUGUUUGAGAUUGGACUCUGCAGUAAUAAAAUGUUUUGCUAUGCAGUUCUUGGAUCCAUCAUGGGACAGUUACUAGUUAUUUACUUUCCUCCACUUCAGAAAGUUUUUCAGACUGAGAGCCUAAGCAUACUGGAUCUGCUGUUUCUUUUGGGUCUCACCUCAUCAGUGUGCAUAGUGGCAGAAAUUAUCAAGAAGGUAGAAAGGAGCAGAGAAAAGAUCCAGAAGCAUGUUAGUUCAACACCAUCAUCUUUUCUUGAAGUAUGAUGCAUAUUGCAUUCUUUUAUUUGCAAACUGGGAAUUGAAGCCUGAGAAGCACUUGGAAGGGCAAGUUCAAGAGGAUAAAUGAAGAUUUGAGAACUUUUAAACUUUUCAUUGACUAAAAAAAUGAGCAUUAAUGUUCAAGACUUGAUUUGAGACUUUAACCUGCUGGCAGACCUAAAUGAAAUUAUGCAACUUUAAUAACAUAACUCUUCAUUUAAAUUGGCUUUUGCGGUAUGAGUGGAAGCAUAUGGGCAGUUAUUUAAUUAAAAAAAAAAAAAAAAAAAAAGGCGAAGCCUGAAUCACCUUCUGCACUUAAAGAGGUCUACAGUACAAAUACACUGUCUAUCUUAGAUAGAUAUAAUUUUUUUUUUUUUUUUAAAUAUUGUACUAUUUAUGGUGGUGGGGCUUUCUUACUAAUAAAAAUAAAUUUUAUCAUUUUAAAGGCAUUCUCUUUGGUUUAGCUGUUGAGUCCAGGAGUGCCAUGUUUCAGCUACUGUAUUUUCUUUUUCCUGCAAUGUAAGCAGCUCCGAAAUUUUGUGUACCAUUUUUGUAUCUCAAGUUUUUUGCACAGGAUGUGACCACUGUCAAAUCACUGUUCUUUUCUUUCUUUUUGUGAUUGAAAAGCCUAUACUGCAAUUUGAAGUAAAUGUUUGCUUUUCUUAGUAAAUGUAAAUGGUUGCUUUUCUUUUUUAGGUAUGAGUCCUUAAUGUAGCAAAAUUAAUACAGGGCUAUCAGGUGGCAUUCUAGUUUAGGUAUCAGUGUCUGUAAUUAACACUUAGUCAUAGAGUCAGAAACAUUUAAGAAUGAUUGGGCUGAAAUUUAUAACAAAGUAUAUUAAUGUGUCAUGCCUCCUUUUGAGUUAAAUAUAAAUACAUACUUUGUCAAACAUCAUUUUGUUAUCCCCUAAAUAUAAAUCCAGUACCUCAGCUGAAUAAUUGAUUUUCAUUAUUUUUAGUGUUUUGUGUGUGUUUUUAAGCAUGUUUUUCAGGGAAUAUAUAGGUUGCUACAUUUAAAGAAUAAAAAUGCCUGAACACAGACAAUUCAUGAACCAGAAUAUAAGUGGAAGAUUGUGUGCUUGACCUUGUGCUUCAUGAACCUGCAUGUUCUUUGGCCUGUAUUGCAGCUGGCCACGGCACAGCCCUGAGUCCAUCCCUUCUCCUUCUAUCAUUUAUCCUCUGCCGCCUUUGUGCUCCACUGGGCAUGCUAAACAAGUAGAUAGAUUUGCUCUGUGUAAUGCCAAGAGUCUUUGUAACAACUUGAUGAGAUGUAGGUAGCUUGUUCCAAGUGUAUGGAAUAUUUGGGCCAGAACUUCAAAAUUAGAAAUCAAUGAUCCUGUUUAGUAUUUCUCACUGUAAACAGAAAUGGGUUUUAAAUUCUUACAGAUUUAAUUAUUCUUUACAUUAGUAAGUUUUAUAUCAUGAUAAAAUUCCACAUUUUAAAAACUGUCAGGAUAAGCCACUCUUAAUUUUUAUCACCAAUAUUAAACUGCACGUUAGCACUGAAAUUACUGUCCUCAGUGAUAGGGAAAAAGGUCUGUUCUUUGAGUCCUGCAACAGUUUAGUACCUGAGGUGUCUGCAGUUUAUUCUACUUUACCCUUUAAGGCUGAAUAGUCAAUUGUACAUUGUUCGGUUUCAUUACUUCACAUGGAGGCUAUGUUGUAAUCAACUUUAUUGAUAGUGAUUGGAUAUCUCAUGCCUAAAUUUUGUAAUGAGUUUUCUUCUCUGUUACAAAGACUUGAAGUACAUGUUCCUUGCAUGUCAAUCUCUUGCCUUGAAUUUUAGGCUCAGAGUAUGGUAGUAUAAAAUACAUGUGUUUGUCCUUCCAUUUGGUUUUUGAACCACAAAAAAUGAGAUCUUUUAAGUUAAUGACUUCCUGUGGGACUGUCAGCAUUAAUAAUUAUCCAUAGGGAUGUUGAA